UAGCCCUCAGUGCCGAUGGCAAGCCAAAUGGGGCUGAACACCACAGACAGCCUAAAGCCACUCCCUGUCCCCGAGCAGUCCAUUGCCCAGGAGGUGGUGGGCCUCCUCUGCAUGGUCCUGCUCACACUCACCGCCCUGGUGGCCAACACUGUGGUGAUGGUUGUCAUUCUCAAAACCCCGCUUCUCAGGAAGUGUAUCUUUGUUGGCCACCUCUGCAUGGUUGACCUCCUCUCUGCCAUUUUCCUCAUGCCUGUGGGAAUCAUCUCCAGCUCCUCCUGCUUCAGCAGGGUAAUCUACAGCAUUGCCGAGUGCCAGGGCUUGAUAUUCCUGAAUGUCUGCUUCAUCAGUGCCUCCAUCCUCACCAUUGCCAUCAUCAGCGUGGAGCGGUACUACUACAUUGUCCACCCCAUGAGGUACGAGGUCAAGAUGACCAUCAGGCUGGCGGUAGCAGGAGUGAUCAUCAUUUGGGUCAAGUCUGUUCUCAUCACUGUCUUGGCACUGGUAGGCUGGCCUCAAGACAACGGGGCCACCAGUGCCAGCCGCUGCACAGUUUACUGGAGCCCUGGGGCCCACAAGAAGGCUUUCCUGAUCAUCUUCAGCAUUGCCUGCUUUGUUCUGCCCACCAUCAUCAUCUUUGCUGUCUAUAGCAGUGUGUACCGUGUGGCCCGGAUGGCAUCCCAGCAGCACGCACCUACGCCGGCACAGGCAGUUGCACCAGGACACCGAUCUGACUCCAUCGCCAGCCUUGUGGCCAUCAUCAUCACCAGGAACCUGCCGGUGCCCAGACUGAGGCCAGAGCGCUUUUUGGGAAGCAACAAGGCCAUCCUCACCUUGGUCCUCAUUGUGGGACAGUUCUUGUGCUGCUGGCUGCCAUUCUUCGUUUUCCACCUGCACUCCUCUGUGGCUGCUGGCACGGAGGCAGGUGGGCACGGGGAGGUGGUGGUCACCUGGAUUGCCUACUCCUCCUUUGCCAUCAAUCCCUUCUUCUAUGGAAUGCUGAACCGCCAGAUCCGGGAGGAGCUGGCCCGGCUCCGGCGCAGCUGCUUCAACCAACCGCUGGGCCAGGAGCUCUGUCUUUCCAUCUCAGAGGCUUCUGUCCAGGAAAACUUCUUGCAUCUCCUCCAGAGAGCAUCUUGCACACUGGAGACCCAUACCAGCCACAUCAGCCCCAGCCCCAGGGACAGGCUGAGCCAGACAAAGGUGAGCUUCCCCAUCCCAGGGCAAGCUCCUGAAGAGAGCAGCUGA